GGAGUUAAAUGUUUCAGAUUGAGUGACAAUGAGGAGAGACGCACAGAGGGAUGACUCGUGAGUUUUUAUUGAUGAGGGCUGACUUCACUCAGUAGAGGCUGAUAAAACGCACGUCACAUUACGGCCAUGCUGCAGCUGCGCGUCUUUAACAGACUUCUCCAACACUUUUAUUGGAGGACUCAAGAAUCCACAAAAAGUCUCUUACCUGGUUUUCCUUCUCAGCUGUGGGGUGGAUACAGAUCUACCUGGCACAGAAACAAAUCAAGUCUUCCAGAUGUGAGGGAGAGGACUCUCAUAGCCGUGAAACCAGAUGGAGUUCAGCGCCGUCUUGUCGGGCAAAUAAUUCACCGGUUUGAGCAGCGGGGAUUCAAGCUGGUUGGCCUGAAGAUGGUGCAGGUGUCUGAGGAUCUUCUGUCUCAGCACUACUGUGAGCUGAGAGCUAAGCCCUUCUAUCCUAGUCUGCUGCAUUACAUGACCUCAGGGCCUGUGGUGGUCAUGGUAUGGGAGGGGCCCAAUGUAGUCCAGACAUCACGUAAAAUGGUAGGACACACUAACCCAACUGAAGCCCAGGCGGGCACAGUCAGAGGAGAUUUCAGCGUCCAUGUCAGCAGGAACGUUGUCCAUGCCAGUGAUUCAUUGGAGGGUGCUCAAAGGGAGAUCCAGCUGUGGUUUCAGGGAAAGGAUCUCCUGAACUGGGAAUGCUGCGACCAGGGCAACAUGAUGGAGGACUGAAGAUGCUUGACAGUUCAAGGCAGUGAGAAUCAGUAAUAACUACCUCUUCUCCUGCUGCCGAAUGACAGUGCCACCACAGUUUCUCUCUCUAAGUAAUUUACCUCAUUAAGUGCACUAAGAAUCAAAAGAUUUUUGCUAAAGCAAAUGUGAGAUUUUAGAAUACAAGCUACUUUACCAACUAUGCAUAUAUACAUAUAUACAGUAGCCAUCUUAUUCUUAGCAUUGGAUUAUUAUUGCUAUACACAAACCAGCUACAACCAUGGAAAAAAUACUGACUGGGACUACUGGGCAUGCACUUAAGGUACCCCAAAGGCUCAGUGGCUCCUGAUCCAGACCCUCUGUUUGUCAGUUUCUGCUUCAUUCAUGAAGGUAACUAUCUUUUCAAAGAAAGCAAAAGGAACAACAACCAAAAAGUUAUAAAAUCUCUGCAAAUAGAGAGCCAUGUUUAGGUGCAGAAUGGCUGUAAGGUCUGCAAACAGCCAUAAUGAGAUACAAAGUCCACACAAACAGAUGUGAGUUUUGGAUCACAAAGAGACCCAAAACGAUCACAUGCAAAAAUGUUUCUCUACCUUUGUUUUUAAUUUUGAUCUGCAAGUCUUUCAGAGUGCCUGCCUACUCCAGCAGAGUAAUACAGCUACCCACUUUGCAAAAGUAAUUCAGUAAUGGUAUGAAGAACAUGACAGAAAGCAAAGUGUUGACUUGGCUUCCAAAUUCCUCAGAUUAUAAUCUGAUUGAGUAUCUGUGGGCCGUGCCAGAAAAACGAGUCUAACGCACAGAAAUACAAUCUUUUAGGUUAAGACUUGAAGGAUCUGCUGCUAACAUCUUGGUGCUUGAUACUACAGGGUCCAGUUAGAAGACUGAUCAGAGCUGUUUUGGUACCAUAAUGGGGCUACAAUAUUAGGCAGGUGGUCUUGAUUGUUGUGACUGAUGAGUGCAUUCUUUCUGGUUAAUAGUUAUAUGCAUUUGGUCUAACAAAGAGUACAUAUAUACUGUAUAUAUAUAUGUCUGUGUGUUUGUCUGUGUUGUUUAUACUGUUAGUCCCCUCCCCCACAUCUGGCCCACUGUAAUGUGAUUAUUCUCAUUAACAAAUAUAAUUAUUAUUUAAUGUAUACAUAAUUAAACUGUUUACUUGACCUCUGUCCUCAGAUAACCUAAGUGCAAUUUUAUACGUGAUUUGCAAUUUUGUGA